GCGGGUCACAUGGAGGGAUGAAUCAGCUGAAGUGUGGUGCUACUGUGGUGAAUAUUUGAGAAAAUAGACAGACAGACAGAACUGGAACCCCUGGCUAUCGACCAAUGGGGGCCCAGCUUCCAGUCCCGCAGCCAAUCACCGCCUUGCUCUCUCCUCGCAUGGGCCUUGGUCGCUCUCUCCGCCCGGCUCGCUAUCAGAAGGGCGUCAGACGAAGGGCCUUUUUCCCGAUCUUUUCUCGCGUCUACUGAAGGGAUGGAGCAAGCAGGCGGCGCGGGGAGAGAGAGAAGGGUUGGCUGAGCCUGGUGAACGAUGCUGGACAGUGAGCGGCGGAGCGAAGAAGGCCUGAAGGUGUGAAACAUGGGUCCCCGUCACGUGCAACAGGUCCUAACAGAUGCUGAGGGCGGCGAGGGUGACAACGCCGAAGGAGGAGAAGGAGGAGGAGGCGUGGGCGGAGGAGUCGGGGAGUGGGCGUGGUGGUGGCGUGAGGUGCUGUGCUGUUGGCGGAAGAACGACCCCCACGCCCUCCACGACCAUGAUGACCCCGCCUGGUACCGCUGCUGCUGCUACUACUGCUGGUGCUGCUGCUGCUGGUCCUGCUGUGAGGGCGAGGAGAAGGUCACCACACACCCGAGGAAGGAAGAUAUACAGUACAUUUUGCAGGCGUCGGAGGAACCAUCCAGCGACACGACUUCCCUCUCCUCCCUUCGCCACCAGAAAAGCGGCGCAGUAGAAGCAGUAGGAGCAGAAGGAGGAGGAGCAGAAGGAGGGAGCGAUGGAGGAGGAGGAGGAGGAGGAGGAGGAGGGAGUGGAGACCUGACGGAUAGCGAGUCGCUGUCCACCACGUCUCUCCUUCGUCAGCAGUCCAAUUCAUCGUCACCGUCCUCGUCAGUCUCCUCCGUGAAAGACCUCAAGUCGGAUAUGUACCACCAGAUUGAGCUUCGUCGGUCCAACUCGGUCUCGUCACGGCAGCUUCCAGUGAUCGACGUGCGGCCCAUUGAGUUCUGGUCCGGCGUUCGAGGCGAGGGGGUCCAGCCACGCCUCCCCGGCCCCCUCAGGUCCCCCGUGGCGCCCAGGUCCCCGCGGUGGUCCUCCAAGGCUGCGGAGUGCCAGAGUUUGACCAAGAUCCGGCCCCAGCUGUACGCCUCCACGUCCUCGUCGCUGGAGGAGGGCCCCGACGAGGACCAGCUGGGCCGCAUCCACUUCUCGCUGCACUACGAUGCGCUGGCCGCCGUGCUCAGGGUCAAGGUUUUGGAGGCUGUUGACCUGCCCAGUCCAGCUUGCAAGGACCGGAAUGACCUGGCCCACUCCAACCCCUAUGUCAAGGUCUCACUCCUCCCUGACACCAAGAACUCGCGGCAGACCUCAGUGAAGAAGAAAACGCAAGACCCAGUGUUUGAGGAGACCUUCUCGUUUGAGGUGCCGUACCGGGAGGUGGUCCGCCGCACGCUGGAGCUCAAGGUGAAGGACUUUGACAAAUUCUCUCGUCACUGUGUGGUGGGUCACACCCUGCUGCCCCUACACAAGGUCAACCUGGCCAGGUCAUCACGCCACUGGCAACCCCUCGUGCCCUGCAGCCUGGAGACUGAGGAGUACGGGGAGAUCCUGCUGUCCCUGAACUACCUGCCCACCGCCGGGAGACUCAACGUGGAUGUGAUCAAGGCCAAGCAGAUCCUUCAGACCAACCUAGUGAGAGGGGCAGAUCCCUAUGUCCGCGUGUCACUGGUGGUUCGUGGGCGUCACCUUAAGUCCAAGAAAACCAGCGUUAGGAAGAACACACUCUCGCCCUCCUUCAACGAGUCCUUCAGCUUCCACGUGGCAUCCCCAGAGCUGCAGGAGGCGUCGCUGGUGGUCACUGUCUGGGACUGGAACGGUGGGGUCAUGCGGGACGAGUUCAUAGGCCGGGUCGUCAUCGGGAAGCAGCCAUCAGGACCCCACGAGAUGACUCACUGGACCAACAUGAUGGCAUCGCAGCGUCACGCCGUAGCACAGUGGCACUCCCUCCACGCACGCAGCCACUGUGACCAGGUGUCCUCUGCAUCUCGUGCCGUCCCUUGAACACUGACCUGACGGCGCCUCCAAUGGCAUGACCAGGGACGCUAAUGUGCAGCAGCAGCAGCAGCAGCAAACCUUACUACCUGCCUUGCCUCAGAACUGUUCCUUCACUCCUGGUGGGCGGGCCUCUCCUGGGGGCUGGACAGGCUGUGGUCAGGGCAGCACUGGUCGCCACGAUGCCAGGGGGACUUGAGGACAGUGUGUUGAGUGUCGGCACGUAACAAGUGUGCAGUGACUCCCUCAGCAACAUGUGCAUAGGCUUAAUACUCUCUGGUGUAAGUGGAGACCUUGUGUGUGUUUCUGAGUGCCCUGCAAGCCAACACAUACAGGCUGUGUUGCAUGUGGAGUCCCUCAUGGUAACCUGCGUGUGAUGUGCUCCCUCCAGGCCAACACAUGGAGGAUUCGUAAUGGUAACCUUGUAUGUGCUGCCACAUUGUCUUCACACCGACACAUGCAGGCUGUCUUGCACAUGGGAUUCUUGCCUGGAGAAAAGAAACCUACCACCCUUUGUUGUCACAGUCCCUUACCAUAGAGACACAGUGUAGCUCCUCAUAGGGUAUAUUACAAGGUCCAGAGAUGUUGCUUGCUACCAUGUCCAGGAUCAUGCCUAUUAUAGCUGUAGACUGAUGUGGUACGAGGCACUGAGAUGUUUCUAUAAUACAUUGAAUUUAUAACCAAGGCAAAAUGUAACUCCUGUGACCUCUCAUAGGCUGCCAGUCCCUGAAGACGUUACUUACUGCCAUGUCCAUUCAGGCUCCCGGUAUAAAAUGUUAUGCCACAAGAGGUUAGAAAAUUAAAAAAAGAAGCUUCCAUCCAGCCGCUGCAUCACUGGUUCUCAACGGCUAAUGAACAGUAGGGAAAACAAUAAAGGAGGUCAAUAACAAAACCAGACAUUCCAUACAUGACAAUCACCAGUAGUAUUACCAGAAGCCUAAUUAGAAAAUACCAUUGAAGUAGGAAUCCAUAUAUUAAUUCAGUCCCACAAUAUUGAUAACAGAAAACAGAGCUGAGGGAUAUGAAGAAGAGGAGGAGAGGGACAGAGGGUAGUGGAGGAUAAAAUAAAGAUGAGGAGGAUUUUUAAAUAAGCUUCGGUGACUUGCUUCAAAUCCGUGCACUUCAUAAUCUCAGCUGUUUGUGUAUACUGGCUCCCUCCUCAGAUAUAUAUAUUUAUAUGUACUGAUCCAAGUCCCCUUGUGUAAGAAACAUGUCAUAGUGUUGCAUAUUCACUCAACACACACACACACACACACACACCGGGGAUGGAGUGAAUACCAGAACUGUGUAUUCAAAUACGAAUAUGAAUACUUUAAAUUCCAACGAAUACGAAUACAAACUCGAAUACAAUGAAAUAGUUUUAAUUUGAAUACAAAUACGAAUACUUCUUGAAAGUAUUCGUGAAUACAUUCAUGAAUACUUUUCAUUGAAAAAAUGCCUUCUCGACGCAACUGAGUACAGCACUGUUCUAAAGUUAAGCAACAGUACAGUGAGUUCAUGAACCUGUGCUGUACACGACCACCACACAUCCGCCCAGGAGGAUAGAGUUGUAAGGGACAACUGCUGUUAUUUAUGAUAAUAAUUUUUUGAAGUAUUCAUCAGAUUAUUAGCAGGAUACGAAUACUUUUCCCUUGCAUUGAUUUAUAUCAAUAAUUAUUUGAAUACAAAUAUGAAUACACCCAAAUACUGUAUUCAAAUGUAUCCAAAUACAAAUACUGAAUUUGAAUACUCCAUCCCUGACACACACACACACACACACACACACACACACACACACCUCAUUCCGUGGUCCUCACCCCACACCAACACGCCCCUCACCCCCACACCAACACGCCCCUCACCCCUGCCUAGCCUACCUAAGUGUUGAAUAUUUUUGCCGUAGCGAGCGUUCCCGCAGCACCGCCAUAAAGCCUUGUGUCCCGGCACCUUCGUGUUGCACCAGCGGCUUGGGCCCCAGGGAGGGUCACCUGCCCCCCCAGGGUGUUGCACAGACCCCCCCGGCAGCGCCCCACUCCUGUGUUGUAUUAAUUAUAUAUAUUAUCAAGGCAGGUGCUGUGCUAGACAUUACUUUCACUUUCAACUACAUCAGAGUGCUGUGGAUGUAUAGACACAAGACGUAUAUAUUUAUGUGAUGUAAGUACUACAGGAUAUUUAACAAUACAAAUACUACUAUAUAAAUACGUAUACUAUAUAAGGAAGAUAUAUAUAUUUUUUUCAGAGUAUUAUUACUAUAUGUAUGUACUAUUAUAUAAAGAACAGGUGCUUUUUAAUAGACAGGAAUGUAUUACACAGAAUCUCAGGAUUUUAAUGACUUACUCCAAAAUGUAACUUUCUUUGGCCUUAGUGUAUAACUUUUGUAAUGUGUGUACGUACGUGUGUUGGUUUACUGCUUCCGUUACCUUUCAUCCGGCAGCAGCGUCGACACUUUGUCCUAUCAUUUACUUCACGUUUUAAGUAGUCACACGUUAGUGUAUAACUUUUGUAAUGUGUGUACGUGUGUUGGUUUGCUGCUUCUGUUAUGUUUUGUCCGACAGCAGCGUUGACACCAGCCAGACGGUCUUGAUCGCCACCAGUCACUUUGUCCUAUCAUUUACUUCACGUUUUAAGUAGACACGCCUUAGUGUAUAACUUUUGUAAUGUGCUUACGUGUGUUGGUUUGCUGCUUCCGUUACGCUUUGUCUGACAGCAGCGUUGACACCGGCCAGACGGUCUUGAUCGCCACCAGUCACUUUGUCCUAUCAUUUACUUCACGUUUCGUGCAGUGGGGUCCUGAAACGCACACCAUCAAAGGCCUCAAUUCAUGAGUGCUCUGAGCUUCUAAACAGCCUUAUAUAAAGUAACCAAGUGGGGCAAGCAGUUCUUUAACCUGUCCACUGCAUUUGACACAGAUUUUGCCUUCACUGGUAGCCUGGUAACACAUAGUCCCAGGUCUCUCUCUGCCUCUUAGGUGGAUAGUAGAGUGUUUCUUAUGUGGUAUUUGUAGUAUGCUGGAUUUCCCUCGCAAGGUGCAUGACUUUACAUAUUUCUUCAGUGAAUAGCAGCAGCCACUUUUUGUUCCAUUCCUGUAGCUUGGUAAUCUACUCUUGUAGGAAAUCUGCAGUCAAGGGAUUAAAAAGGUCUGCAGGAGGAAAUGGGAGAGAGGGGAGAAGAAGGAAAGGGUAGUGGGUGGCUUUUAAAUAGUUGAGAGGCAUUGAUAGCACCUCAAGUUGCAGACUGAAAUUCAUGAGACGAGUUACACAAGCAAAAUUUGAUUGGGUUAAGUUAUGAAAAGUGCGAACUACAUACAAACUCAUCUUAUUCUCUUCUUCUUCUUCACUUCUCUUCUUCUUUUCGUUUAAUGGCCUCAUUUUCCCUUAUGGGGGUUGGAUGGGACGUGAGUCUCUCCCAUUCUUCCCAAACACUGAAUUCCUGCUGCACUGUUCAUGACCCAUAUUUUUAAACAGUUUGGUGCCCAAGCUCACAUAUUCAACAAGGCUUUCGUAGGAACCUGGGUCAUUUCCUUGCGUACUUUUAUGACCCUAGUGGUAGUUUGAACCUUCUCCUGUACCCUGAACCUAAACAAACACUCAUUAGAAUGCGAUUGAUCCCCUUUUCGGCCUUUGGAAAUUGUUGAUAGAGUGAUGGAAGCCUCUGAGAACAACAACCCAGGCAGGACCCUGCUGUACAUACUCUCUCUGCUCUCACUGUGUCCGUGCUAUCAGUGUUUAUGACCCUUGAAGGUUAUGACAUGUGUAACUGUAUGGCUAGACCUUCCUGUAUGUGUAUAGUGUAACUUUAAUUUUAUGGUCAGUGUUGUGGUGUAUAAAUUAACACAUACGAGGAAACCUACACAGUAAUGCUAUAUGAUAAAGAUGUAUAACGAAGAUACUAUUUAUAUAUUCAUGUAUAUUUUGUAGCCAUUAACAAGUGUGAUGUAAAUGUAUACUUAGGUGUUCGAGUAAGGACACACACACACACACACACACACACACACACACACACACACACACACACUUAUGAGGAGAGACUCAGUAGCAUGGGGCUCACAACCCUGGAGAGAAGAAGAGAGAGGAGAUCUUAUAGCAGUGUACAGGGUGGCGAGCGGAGUGGAGCAUUUGGACAGAGAAGACCUGUGUGUGUGGAACAAGAGAGAAACAAGAGGACAUGGAAAGAAGUUGAGGAUGACCACGUGUAGGAGAGAUGUGAAAAAGUUUAGCUUCCCCCAAAAAAGCAUAGAGCUAUGGAAUAAACUGGAGGAGGAGAUGGUCUGUGCAAGAAACAUUCAUGAUUUUAAGGAAAAGUUGGAUAAGAGUGCAUGGAUAUGGAGAUGGGACAGCGCGAGCAUAGCUCUUUUCCCGUAUGUCACAACUAGGUAAAUACAACUAGGUAAAUACACGCACAAAAAAAAUGAGAGGUGAAAUGAAAGCACACACACACACACACACACACACACACACACACACACACACACACACACACACACACACACACACACACACACACACACACACACACACA